GAUCUUGUUAAAUCAAAAGAUUAUUCAUUAACAGAACUUGCCAAAACCCAUUUAAAUUAUAGUCGCAAAGACAUUCAACUUGAUAAAAUCGAAUCAUGUUUUUCAUCAUGCAGAGAUUUAUAUGAAUUGGUUUUGCAUUGUCAAUUUGAUUCAGUUCUUUCUGCUCGUUUAAUGUAUGAACUUCAAAUUUUACCUCUUACAAAACAACUUACCUCACUUGCUGGUAAUCUGUGGUCAAAAACUCUAACUGGUGGUAGAGCCGAACGUAAUGAAUAUUUGUUAUUACAUGAGUUCCACAGAUUAAAGUAUAUUUAUCCUGACAAAGAUUCCAAUAAGCAACGUUCAUACAAUAAUAUUGUAGAACCAGAAGAUAAUGAUGAAAAAGUUGAAAUAAAAAAACCAGGUCAAAGAAAACCAGCUUAUUCUGGAGGUCUUGUUUUAGAACCAAAAAAAGGAUUUUAUGACAAAUACAUU